AUGCCGUCGGCCCUCCUCGCGUCGUCGCCCGCGCCCCCGCGUCUCGCGCCGACCGCGCCGCGUCGCGCGCGCGACGAUCGAGCGCGGACGAGUCGGCACGAUGCUUCAUCAUCUUCAUCGUCCUCGUCGUCGUCGCUCCGCCGCCGCCGCCGCCGCGUCUCUCCGCGCGGCGGCGGCGGCGGCGUCGCCGUCGCCGCGCUCCCCCCGAACAAAGAGUGGCCGCCGCCGGACGUCUGGGAAGAUUUCCUCGACGCGGUGUCGUCCCAACACUGGGACGGACACGCGAUCACGCUGCGACCGGGAUCGGGCGCGAUCGUGCCUCUGCCGUCGAGCGCGCUCCCGGACGCGCACGUCGCGCACGGCGUCGGCGUGAACCAGUGGGUCACGAGGACGUCCACCGCGCCGGAAGAAGAAGCGCGCGAAGGCGAAGGCGAAGGCGCAAGGGGCGCCCUCCCCGACGCGUUCUCGACGACGACGCGGUACCUCUACCCGGAAGCCGGGUGCGAUUUCGGCAGAGAAGACGUCGCGCGCGAGCGCGUCGACGCGGGGCUGUGCGGCGGCGGACAGAUGGGAAAGAUGCUCAUCGUCGACGGCGACUACGCGCACGGACCGCUCGUGUUGCCCGCGUGCGAGGUGGGCGCGAAGGUGCGGUUCGAGUUCGCGUUCGCGGCGCGCGCGGCGAACGCGCGAGGAGGCGAGCCGGAGGCGAAGAAUCCCGACGGGAGGACGAUCCCGCCGCCGCCGACGCGACGCGUGCGCAUCGGCGUCACCGUGGAAGCGUCCCCGGGGUCAAAGAGGAACUGGCGCGCGAGCGAGAUCGAGCUCGUGCGCGAGUCGAGGCGACGCGGCGGCGGCGAAGACGCGGACGCGGACGCCGACGCGGAACCGGAACCGGAAAAAGGCGAGACGCUCGGAGAGGACGACGUCGCGACCGGGAACUGGCGCGCGGUCUCCGGCGUGACGUUUCUCACCUGCGAGUCUCUGCUCUCGGACGAUGACUACGAGGAGGCGUGGCUGGAGGAGCUCGAGAAGAGGAAACGCGCGGAGGAGGAGGCGGAGGCGGCGCGCGGGGCGGCGGCGGCGACGGCGCCGGCGAGGCUCAAGCGCGGCGGCGGCGGCGUCGGGCGAGGCCGAGUGAAGAAAGGCGACGACAAAGGCGGCGGCAAAGGCAAAGGCGACGCGACGACCGCGGCGACGCCGGUCGUCGUCCAGGGCGUCGUCGUCGACGACGACGACGAGGAGGGGAAAGAAACGGCCGCGGGAAAAGCGUUACGACCGCCGCCGGAGGAUCUCGUAGUCGUCCCCACGUGGGCCGUCGCCGUCAAGGCGCCGUUCACCAGCGCGCACGAGUACGUGUUGGGGCCCAACUCUCCGCUCACGCUGCUCCCGAUGCGCGCGUGGGUGCUCGUCGAGGCGAUCGGCGACGAGCUCCUCGUGGAGUGCGGGAUAUACGCCGGGCGCGGCGGGUUAGGAGAGGACGGCGGGUGGGUUCCCGCGGCGACGGAGGGAGGCGACUCGGAGCCGCGCAGGGCGGCGGCGCGGCGGUACGAGCGGAACGGACGGUUCGCGUCCGCGUUCUUCGUGGAGGAGACUGUCGACGCACGCCGACGCAUCGCGCGCACUCGUCGUCGCGCGAUGUCCUCGCGUCGAGGCAGCGCGCGCGGGUCGCGCCCGUCCUCCGCGCGAGCCCCGACGACGUACGAGCCGUUCUGGACGGACGAAGAGCCCGGCGCGGUGUCCGCGGAGGAGAAGCGCGAGAUCGCGCGACGGCGCGCGGCCGCGCGAGCGGUGUACUCCGAUCUGAGUCGGAACGGAGGCGUCCUGAGCAAGUCGCUGCGCCCCGCGUCGUCGCGGAGGCCGUCCUCGACGACGCCGACGCGACCGCCGCGGGCGUAUCACUCCGCGCGAUAUCCCACCGCGGCGCCGCCGUCUCCGCCGCCGCCGCCGCCGCGCGCGUCGGCGCGGUCGAGGGCGACGCCGCGAGCGACGAACGAUCCGACGCCGCGGCGAGCGUCGUCGUCGUCGCUCAAAAAAUCGAAAUCGAAAUCGAAAUCGCGCGACGACGACGACGACGACGCGACGAGCGCGUCGAAAACCGAACCGUCGCCGCCGCCCGUCGCGCGCGCGGCCGCGCACGCCGGAAGUGUCGUCGCCGGCGACGACGCCGCGCUGCAGAGGAAGCUGGAGGAGCUCGUGGGGAUGCCCGCGGAAGCGUUCGUCGCGCAGAUGGAGCGCUGGGUCGCGGACAGACGCGGCGGCGGCGGCGGCGGCGGCGGCGACGACGACGCCUCGACGACGACGGCGGCGGCGGCGGCGGCGACGAGCGGCGCGUCGACGGCCGCGGCGGCGAUGGAGGAGACGCGACGCGUCCUCGCGGAGGCGGCGGCGGCGGACGCGCGACUGAAAGCCGCGGCGGCGGCGACGCCGGGGCCGCCGCGCGCUCGGCCGCGUCCGUACCCGCCGCGAUACGACGUCGGUGACGGCGACGACGGCGUCGCCGCGACGACGACGUCUGUCGUCGGCGAGCGCGGCCGCGAGGCGCGCGUAGAGGACGCGGACGACGCGGACGCGGACGCGGACGCGGCGGCGGCGCGGCGUGGCGUGCGCCGAGACGACCGAGACGCCGCGACCGGCGGCGGCGGCGGCGGCGACGACGACGACGACCGGGACGACUUCACCGCGGAGACGAACGAGGCGUGGGCGCUGACGAAAGCGCGGCGGCUGGAGCUCCUCGAGCGGCAGCGCGCGCUGGCGAGCAAACUCGGGGACGCUCGGAGAGCGCAGAGGGAGGACGUCGACGCGCGGCUCGACGCGUUGACGAGCGCGCGACGCGGCGGCGGCGGCGACGACGCGAGCGAUAGCGAUGACGAUGACGAUGACGAGGACGACGACGACGACGACGACGACGACGACGACGACGACGACGACGACGACGAGGACGAAGCGGCGAUCCGUUCACGCGCCGAUGAGAUCAGAAAGCUCGAAGACGCGCUCGUUCGUCUGAAGACCCGCCGCGGCGGCGGCGACGACGACGACGACGACGACGACGCGGCGGCGGCGGACGAAUCUUCAUCUCGCGACCGACUGCUCCCGCCGCGAACGCCCCCCCCCCCCCUGAGCCCCGGCGCGCGCGCGUUCUUCCAGCUCGUCAGCCCCGCGCGCGGGUCGCGGACGACGGAGCGGAUCGUAGAGCGGAGCUCCGACGCCGCGACCGCGGACGUCACGAUAUCGGCGCCGACGUCCUCCGAGACGGCGGAUCUCAUCGCGGAGAUGGAAGAGCGCGUGAAGCGUGCGCACGAGAGUCACCGAUCGGCGUCGGCGGCGGCGUCGGCCGCGGCGGCGCGGUCUCCGCCGCCGCGCGCGAACGACGGAGAGACCGCGCGAGGGGUGGGGACCCGACGGGCGCGCGGGUUGAAACUUCUGAACCUCGCCGCCGCGCGCGGGGGCGAAACCGCCGCCGCGGCGUCUUCGGACUCGGACGACGCCGCCGGGCUGAGCCCUCCGAGCGCGGCGAGAAGAAGGCCGGCGCCGGAGCCGGAGCCGGGACGCGCGCCCGAAGCGCGCGUCAACCCGAUCGCGAACGCGAACGUCUUCCGGCACCUCGUCGAAUUCGACGGGAACGAGACGUCGUUCGGCGGUGGCGGCGGCGGCGGCGACAACGAGUUGGCUCGCGUGUUCGACGACGACGAGACGGGCGGGAAGCUGAAGAACGUGAAAGACUUUGGAUCGCUCAUGGACUACUGCUUCGACUGA